AUGCGAUUCUCAGCCACGUCAAUUCUCCUGGCGGCCAGCAGCUUGCUGUGUACCGCGGUCGCCCACAAUAUCCAGCUUGCAGCACACGGCCGGGAGUGCUUCUACGAAAGCCUACACAAAGAUGACCGAAUGACAGUCACUUUCCAAGUAGGGGACAGAGAAUUUGGCAGCGCCGGGAACUUGGAUAUCGAUUUCUGGAUCCAAAACCCAACCGGAGGAUACGAGACAAAUGAGCGCGCAAUUUCAAACGGAGAUUAUUCUUUCGUUGCUAUGCAUGAUGGAAAAUUCAUAUACUGCUUCAGCAAUGAGCACUGGUCGGCAAAUACUAAGGAUGUUUCUUUCAAUGUGCACGGCAUAGUCUAUGUCCCAGAAUCAGACAUCCCGUCGGAUCCAUUGGAAGCUGAAGUUCGACAACUAUCCGAUCUGCUUGCCCAAGUCAAAGACGAACAAUCAUAUAUCGUGGUCCGUGAGCGAACCCACAGAAAUACCGCCGAGAGCACGAACGGCCGGGUCAAGUGGUGGAGCAUUUUCCAAAUGGGAGUGCUGAUCGGUCAAGGCAUCUUCCAAAUUUGGUGGUUGAAGAGAUUCUUUGAGGUCAAACGAGUUGUUUAA